UCCUUUUCUCUUUCUUUCUUUCUUUCUCUCGUUCUCUCUUUCUCUUCUUUGGUAUCUGGUGGAGUUGACGCUGAAGUCAGGUACUGGAUACGGUAAGGUGUAGUACUGACACUGACAGAACAGUACUUAAGUCUCCCGCCGACCAAUCCGAUUCGCCCGAUUCUCCCUUCACCAGCGUGGAUUAAUUCUUAGUAACCACCCAUCCACCCAUCCAUCAUCCGUCAUCCCGUCAUCCCGUCAUCCCGUCAUCCCCGUCCUUCUUCCUUUUCUUUCUCCCCUUCUUCUUCUUUUCCUCCUGACUGCUCCUAUCCCCCCCCCCUUGAAUGGAGACGACAACCAUGCCGACACCGAGUCGACUCGGUCUGUUACAGCCAGGGUUGCUGGCAGCCCUGCUGCUACUGACCCCCUCCUCCGUUCUGGCCCACGAGGGCCACGAGAAUGUCCCCGAGGGUGCCGCCGUCUCCGAUGAUCCCAUUGAUUCAACAUUAUGGAUUCACAUGAUUCUCAUGGGGUUUGCCUUUGGCGUCAUCUUCCCGUUGGGCAUGGUUCUUGGGAUUGUGCGCUCGCGGUGGCACGUUCCCCUCCAAAUCGUCGGUUCGAUAAUCGCCGUUGUCGCAUACUUCCUCGGCCAUGCCCACAAAGGUCGCCAGUUUUCGAAAAACGUCCACGCUUCGUUCGCAAACUCCCUGAUGCUCAUGAUGGUGGUGCAGAUUGUUUUGGGUGUCUAUUUGAAGUUGCAUCUGUCCAAGGGCAUCCACGGCCGUAUCCGCCGGUUUAUCGUGAUCGCGCACGGAGUGGUCGGCAAGGCGAUGCCAGUCGCGAGCUGGGUCCAGAUGCUCUUUGGGGGAAUUACGGCCAUGGGCUUCUGCCGGGAUGAUCACCUCGGCCAGUGUUUGGCUCACUUCAUCAUGGGCAGCGCUUUUAUCGCCUACGGGAUCUUGCUGACCAUCCUGCUCCUCGUUGGCCAGUACUGGUUGCGCCGCACCGGCCGCAGCCAGGAGUUCUUCGACUCGUUGAUUAUUGCUGCAUGGGGGUGUGUCAAUACUUUCACGGAACACCGGUGGGGAGGACCUUGGGUUCAUAACGAUCUGCAGCAUACGACCAUGGGUAUCGUUUGGUGGUGUGCCGGUCUUCUGGGCAUCUGGAUGAGCCGGAAGCGCAAUGGUCGUCCCAAGCGAAACUUGAUUCCAGCCCUGGUUAUUCUCCUCACUGGUUAUGCCAUGUCUGCGCACCCGCAGAACUUGAUGAUCAGCACCAUGAUACACACCAUCUUCGGCUACACGCUGAUGGCCGCCGGUGUUACCCGAAUCAUCGAGAUCUCCUUUGUGCUUAGGGACAAGGACACCGUCAGUGCGGAUGGUUCGGAUGCCAACAGUUUCCAAUAUCUGACCCCUUUCCUCCUGUACGCCUCGGGCUUCCUCUUCAUGGGCGCCACGGAGGAGCAAAUGCAGCUUCUGCACGAUGCAGAAAUCACACACGUGUCCUAUAUCCUGAUCCUGUACAGCAUCGCUUUCGUUCUCUUCCUGUUCGUCAACGUGCUCCUUCACAUCUACGCCGUCCAUGCCUGGCCCGAGUCCGCUAAGGCACCCCCGCGCACCGACGAAGCCGGCGAAGGCCCAUCCGGAUACGGGCCGCCCCGGUCUCAGCCGAACGGUCACCUCAUGAACGGCCACGCCCGCUCGGCAUCGGAGGCACGACACCUUCACGACGCCGAGGAAUUUGAACUCCAGGGCCUCAUCUCUGAUGAGGAGGAUGAUGGCAAGGUAGUUGGCGAGGACAGCCAUCCCAUGGGCCCUAGAAAGGUGGAGGAUGAGGAGAACUCCCCAUUAGUCGCCAAGGAGACGACAACGCAUUCAUAAGCCUGGGAAGUGGGACUUUCAACCCCUACCGAUCUAAGCAUUCGUCUAUGUCUUUGUCUUAUACAUUCUAACUUCAUCUUAUCUGUCGACCAAGGGCGAUGGAUUCCAAAAUCGGCUGCAUUUGCAGUAUCUCUCGGACUUGUGUAUAGGUUUCGUAUAAAUGGAUGUGAGCUCCUCUGUUCUCUUUUCUCUAUAUUCGCUUACUAGGCAUUUUGCCUUGCGAUCAUCCAAUAUCUAGUAGCAAUGUUUGUACUUUGGAUAGGUACAACUUGUGGUAGCUAGCAGGCGAUACUACGGUGUGUCUGUCUACAUGUAUGUCUACCUACAGAGUUUUACAGUAUAUCCCAGGAUUCCCGGAGGAAGGGUACAAAUGGCAAACCGCCCAUAAGAUUCAUUCAAAAAGGC